GGUCAGGCCGCAUAGUUUGCGACRAAGCGUUGCAAGCAGUAAAUUCAUCCUCUUGGCCGGCACGUUCUUGAUCACCGAAGUGCAUAGGAAUUGGUCYGAGUUGCAGCAAAGAAGGUGCUCUCGACAGUUCUAUAGAUACAAAAUAUAACAAUUGAGCAGAAAAACAAACUUCUACUAGUGGCACGUGAGUUCCACCUUGGAUUCAUGCGACCUAACUCAGCCCGUGCUGAAUCAUUGGCGUACAGCAACAACAAGUUUGUAGAUCUAUUUCGCAAUGUUCAAGAUCCAGCCUUUUCACAACAACUGCAAUGGCAGCGAGAAACCAAUGAGUUCGAGUGGCCAAGAGUUGCAGGUCCCUUUUGAUCCGGAGACGGUCGAUAACUUGCUAACCCGCGACAUGGAUAAGCUCUCCUUCAAGGCUAGGAAUGAUAUCUACGAGGAAAUCCAUGGUGUUUCGAGUUUGGCUCCGGAAGAAACCCCCGCUCUUAUCGAACGUUCCCUGUUGGCAAUGUCCUCGGAAAUAGAUCGUAUCAAACACGAUUACGUUGCAUACAUCGAGGCUACGAGAGGAACGUACAACCAAUACGUUCAUGACAUGGAAUUGCGGCUUAGAUUUUUGAGGUGCGAGCUCUUCAACGUGCYGAAAGCAGCGGUGCGAAUGAUGAAAUAUCUGGAUCUUACACACGAACUCUUUGGCAAAAGUGCCCUGACGCGACCGAUUGAAUUGCGCGAUCUUGGAAAAUUGGAAAUGGAAAUGCUUCGAGUGGGAGACGCACAGCCAAUGCCCUUUCGUGAUCGGAGUGGACGGCGGAUGAUGGUUGCCCUCAACAAUUUCGGUCUACAGUAUCCGUUGGAAGUUCGGGUAUGUAUUUUAGCAAGAUCGGCAAAGUUUUUGAACAUAGAUUCUACAUGAUUACGCGAGAUGAUUCACGGUUGCUACUUCCACUCACGAGAAUCUCUUUCUCUGUGCCGCUGUUGAUCUCUAUCUUUCGUUUUCGAAGCUCCGAGUAACCUUGUAUCUGCAUUGGGCCCUUGGCGUAGAUGAGGAAUCGCAAAAAAAGGGUCUUAUUGGCAUCAUUUGCUGGCCAUCAAGUAAGGAGGCCUUGUCUCCUGAUAAAUUUUCUGUCUUGUAUAAGCCCCGUGAAUUACCACGGCAUAUCCAGAUGAGCAGUCGAAUGUUCGAAUGCUUACCCCUUCGAAUCGCAAGUAUUCAUGUAUGCCUUCCMGACAAACCAAUCUACCACAUGAUGCGUUCUGGAAUAGCUCUUAGCAUGAGAGCGUUUUCGUCGAGGUUGAAAUUCCAUUGUGGUAAGAUUCAAUUUGUAAACGAAAAUCCUGUUGAGAUUUCGUGUUGUCUCCCAAAGCGAAACCGAUUGAUGACUAUUAUCGAAAUAUCAAGACAGCGCGUUCUCAAUUCUAUUUUCUAUUGCUUCCUACGAAUCUUGCGAUCGAAAAUUAUUACAAACAUGUUCAAAUUGCAACAAUAGGAGACUCAAUCGAAGUGCAGUAUCAUCUUCAUGGCUACGGAAUACCAGUUGACCAAAUACCCAUUACAGAUACGGGUAAUAUCAAAACAAAAAAUAUCAUGCAAUGGAUUCGAGUCCGGAAAUUCCUCGAAUCCUCAAAGAAUAAUGAAGCGAUAACUUCCGAUUCGGAAUGGAGCGAAAAUGUCGACGCAAUGUACCUUGCAAUUGACUGCCCAAACUUGAAUGAUGUCAUUUUCCGAGGGAAACACGCGUGUUUGAGUCACCCCGGCAACGUAAUGUUUCGCGGUUUGAUAGAAGCGAAAUACGACGAGCACAACAACGCCACCACAAUCGAUGAAAAGGUCCAGUUGACGUGGGACAUUGUACGAGAAGUUGAAAGCAAGAAUGGCCGGUUUCUGGUUUGGGAUAAUAAUGGUUGCUGGAGAGAAAUAACAAACAGAAAUCRGACCCGAACGAAGGUGGCGGGUGCUCUAAAGGAUCACAAACGACGAUUGAAAGCUCGACAGAAUGUCGCARUGAACUAUUCUAGCACAUACGAGUUUGAACGGCAAGACAACGAGAACAAAAAGAGAAAAGUUGAUGUGAAGCAUCAAACUUCCGAUUGCUGUUUGAAUUUACCAUUCGUGAACAGUGACAAAAGGUAGAAUGAAUCGAGCAGAUGGUGAUUCGCAAACCAGUAAGUCCGUCGAUCUUUUUAUAUAGGUGUGACGGGACGGACGAUAUUUUGGUGAUAUGAUUCACUUAUUAAAUUCCGAUGUUGCACGUGUAUGAAACGUAUACAACAUCAUUUUCCGAGAUCCACGCACAUGAACAGUCGCGAAAGGCCUCUGUUUCUUCUUAGCAAUAACGAUCAACUUAUGCAUUUCAGAGUCGCUUGGUGAUAGUGGCUUGAGUAUAUAUACCUCUAUUUUUUCAUUUCAAACCAUGUUGGCUGGUGUUUUACAUGAAGUUAGGCAACGCCCGCAUAUAAAGCCAGUGUUUGGCAGCUCACGAACAACAAAAAAAUGGUCCGUAUCCUACAAACAUAAAUAAAUACAAAUUAAAGAAAUAACCCAGACUAAAACUG